UCGUCACCGAACAAAUAUGGCGCUCGCGUCACUUCCGCGAUGCAAAAUUCCCUCCGGUCGUUAUUUUCCGCGGCGAAAGGGAUGAUUUCUCAGUGAUCGUUAAAUUUCGCAAACUGAAUAUUGAAUUUUUACGAACGAUAAAUAAAUUGAAAUUUCAAUUUUCGCCGAGAUUGCGCGAGAUUUUUCGUCGAGGGAAAAAGUUAGGUUAAGUUAGGUUAACCGAGGUUAAUAAAUCCCCGAUCGCGCGAAAUUAUCCUGGGGAGCUAUAUUUUUGACGGUUGACAGUUUUGACAGGUCGCGAUCGACCCGCUCCGGAAUUAUUUUUUUUGGAUGAAAUGGCUUUGACGAGUAAACUCUGCGGACUGUCAAGUCAAUUGUUCAGGAACAGAGUGUUCCUGAACACGGCAAGAUGCUAUUCCGAGAGACCAAAGGAGUGGAGUAUACUCUAUCAGCCGGGAGAAUAUUCGCAAAAGGAUCAUGAUAAAAUUGCCUCAAAAUAUAAUCUGCAUCCAAAGGAUUAUAAACCUUCUCAUCCAGAAGAGGCUGUUGGUGAUUAUCCGGAGUUGCCAAUGAUAGGACCGGCUGCUAAGGAUCCGUAUUAUCCAUAUGACAUACCGACAUACAGAAAGAAUUAUAAAGAAACGCUGAAUCACCGAUUUGAAAUCAUGGGUGAGGAUCGUUUCAGUUAUGGUUACAAGUAUAGAAUUGAUUUACGUGUAGCAUCGGCAAUAUUUCUCACCACUAUGACUGUACUUAUGGGACUUGCGUAUUUGUGUGAGCCAUAUGCUGUAUUCUCGCCAAUGAUGGAAAAGCAGUAUCCGGAGAAAGGUAAAGUACAUUAUACAUUUGAACCAGCAAAAUAGAUAUAAUAAGCUUAUAUGAAAAAUACAUCUUCUAAUGUU